AUGGUUAGCAGCCUGUGCGAGUUUCUUUUUAUAACUGAUAACCUGAUGAUUUCUCUCGCAGUACUCGCUGCUCAUGGCGGCGAUCCGUCCGGAUGGCCAACACCAAAAUGGGAUCUCUCUUUGACAGAUUCGCUCAACGCAAACCUCAGAAUUGCUACCUCCAUCCUGAGCUUAACCUCCCCCGGCGCAUCCAUUAUUGAAUCAAAUGUCACUGGCGCACGUCUGCUUGCUCGGGAAGUAAACGAAUAUGCUGCUGCAAUAGUCCAAGCUCAACCAAAGAAAUACGGCUUUUUUGCCGCCCUCCCGCCCCUCACAGACCUAUGUGGUACACUGACCGAGAUCGCCUAUGCACUCGACGUUUUGAAAGCCGACGGCGUAACGCUCUACACACGCUACGGAGACUCAAAUUUGUAUCUCGGACACCCGCAAUUCUCUUCUAUAUGGCAGGAGCUGAACCGGAGAGCCGCCGUCGUCUUUAUUCACCCAACUACUUCAGUCUACGCAGAGCCACUCAAUUCCUUAUUGCCACAGCCGGCCCUCGACUACCCACAUGAAACAGCACGCACAGCCUUCAAUAUUGUCGCUAGUGGCCUCCUUACUAAAAUCUCGAACUGUAAGGUGAUCCUGUCCCAUGCGGGCUGA